UGUUCCACCUGUAUUACUGCGCCGCAGGUGACUGUAUGUGCGUCUCGAUGCACCUGCUGCGUUAUUCUGCCAUGACCGAGGAGCUCAUAACCUGCGAGUUAACUUUCCCGUCUUCACCGGAGAAGACUUUGGAUGUUGUGAAAAGUAAACCGAUGGAUUUGGAGCAGCCUAUUUUCUCGUUGCUGAGCGGCGGGGUGAAGCAGCAGCAGCCGGCGGAGGGGGACACCGCGGGGACACCGGCUGCGACCACCCCCGACACCGAGUCCGGGAUCUUCUCUGGGGAAUGUGAGCUGUGUGUGGAGCAUGAGUCCGAGCUGGACUGGUUCUGUGGCACCGAGCAGAGACUCAUCUGCUCCCACUGCGCUAUCGUGGGUCCCUGCCACGGACACUCUGUGACCCCUGUGGCCACCAGAGUAAUCGCAGUAAGGAACCAUCUGGUAGAUGUGUGUGAGAAAUUGCAGCUGCAGGCUCUGAGGAUUGAGAGGUUUAUCGAGCAGACGCUGACAGCCAAAGAGCAAAAACUUCAGGUAGGGGCGAGCAGGGCCAGGGAGCAUAUCCUGGCUCAGGUCAGUGCAGCGCGUGAAGCCCUGGAGGAAGAGGAGCAGCGUCUCCUGGAGGAGGUGCAGAAGGAGGAGGAGCGGGUGGAGCAGUGCCUCCUCACCCAGAGAGCACACUGGAGCAAAGCUUUGGCAAAUCUGACACAAACACGCUCCAGCCUGGUGCACACACUGACGCACACUUCAGAGGCACAACUGGUGACCAGUGUCCAGGAGAUAGCUGAAAGGGUGGAGGCGGCGGAUGGGGUUGGGGAGCCCUGUGACACGGAGCAGCUCAACAUGAACUCAGCUUGUAGCGACAGCAAGCUGCUGAGGGGCCUCUGGGCCACUGCAGUGCUGCUGGGGCCAAACGCUUAUGGAUCAUUUUAUUUGAAGUUUAAUGAGCGCACAGUGAGCCCUCUCCUGUCCCUGUCGGACGACUUCUACACUUUGACGUUCUCCAACAAAAAACAUCGCCAACCGCUGCCCUACGACCCGGCACGCUUCGAUUGCUGGCCCAACGCUCUGGGCUCUCUGUCCAUGUCCUCUGGCACCCACAGCUGGGUGGUGGAUGUGGGGGAAAGUGGUGCCUUCAAGGUGGGGGUCUGCUACACCUCUCUGGAGCGCAAAGGCUCAGGGAACGAGGCUCGGCUGGGGUACAACAGCCAGUCCUGGGUGCUGUCUCACUACGACGGGGACUAUUCCUUCUGCCACGCGGGGAGGAAGGAGCCCCUGCAGGUGGCGAGGAGACCCCAGAGGAUCGGCCUGCUGCUGGACUGGCCCAGUGGGACGCUGUUGUUCUACGAGCCAGACUCCAGCGCUGUGCUGCACUCCUUCACACAUUAUUUCAACAACCCCCUGCUGCCAGCGUUUGCAGUUACUGACCGCAGCAUCACUAUUCUGCACUGACACGCAGCCAAAAGACUCAAUGACCUCAAACAUGUGAAGAUAUUCUCCAAUGUAAAUAUGAUCAGCAGCAAAUUAUCCUCCAUCUGAUUGUGCAGUUAUGAAAAGGCGUGAAUUUGUAUUUAUUUUAUUAUUAGCUGCUGACUCUUUAUUUUUUACUGUUUUUAACAAUUUAAUAGAUUUUAAUUUAGAAAUAAUCAUAUUAUUUAACUUUACAUGUACAAAAAUUCCACUGGUUGAUUCAGGACUGUUUGUAAUGUUGUGUGACAAAGUAACUCUCAACAGAAAUAUUUUUUAAUGAUGUUACUGCAUUAUGCUCAGUAAAGUUACCAGCUGAAAAUCCCACAUUCGUUCUUUUAUGCAAGAGCAGAUUUUUGUUUUGUGUCUAUUUGCCAUAUCAGUUAUCCUGUUUAAGGACUCGGCAGGAAAAUAAGAUAUGUCAAGAGAACCAAAAAAUAAAGUACUUAUAUUAGUAGUAAACAUACAAAUACCACAAAGUGAAAAUAGAGUAAAUCUAUUAGUAGUCCUUGAUUGAAAAUGUUACUUGAUAUGUUGGAAAUACACUUUAAGUAAUAAAUUGA